GUCGCCGCCGCCCGAGCGCAGCAGAGCGCACGCCGAGCCCGUCCGUCGCCGCCAUGGCCACCACGGUGACUUGCACCCGCUUCACCGACGAGUACCAGCUCUACGAGGAUAUUGGCAAGGGGGCUUUUUCUGUGGUCCGACGCUGUGUCAAGCUCUGCACUGGCCAUGAGUAUGCGGCCAAGAUCAUCAACACCAAGAAGCUGUCAGCCAGAGAUCACCAGAAGCUGGAGAGAGAGGCUCGAAUCUGCCGUCUCCUGAAGCAUUCCAACAUUGUGCGCCUCCAUGACAGCAUCUCCGAGGAAGGUUUCCACUACCUGGUCUUCGAUCUGGUCACUGGUGGGGAGCUCUUUGAGGACAUUGUGGCCAGAGAGUACUACAGUGAGGCGGACGCCAGUCACUGCAUCCAGCAGAUCCUGGAGGCGGUUCUCCACUGCCACCAAAUGGGGGUCGUCCACAGGGACCUCAAGCCCGAGAACCUGCUCCUGGCCAGCAAGUGCAAAGGGGCUGCGGUGAAGCUGGCGGACUUCGGCCUGGCCAUCGAGGUGCAGGGGGACCAGCAGGCGUGGUUUGGGUUUGCUGGCACGCCAGGCUACCUGUCUCCCGAGGUCCUGCGCAAGGAGGCGUACGGCAAGCCGGUGGACAUCUGGGCGUGCGGGGUGAUCCUGUACAUCCUGCUCGUGGGCUACCCACCCUUCUGGGACGAGGACCAGCACAAGCUGUACCAGCAGAUCAAGGCCGGGGCCUAUGACUUCCCGUCCCCUGAGUGGGACACGGUCACUCCCGAAGCCAAAAACCUCAUCAACCAGAUGUUGACCAUCAAUCCCGCCAAGCGCAUCACGGCACACGAGGCACUGAAGCACCCGUGGGUCUGCCAACGCUCUACUGUGGCCUCCAUGAUGCACAGGCAGGAGACCGUGGAGUGCCUGAAAAAGUUCAACGCUCGGAGGAAGCUCAAGGGUGCGAUCCUCACCACCAUGCUGGCCACACGGAAUUUCUCAGCAGCCAAGAGUUUACUCAACAAGAAAGCAGAUGGAGUUAAGCCCCAGACGAAUAGCACCAAAAACAGUGCCGCUGCCACCAGCCCCAAGGGGACGCUUCCUCCAGCCGCCUUGGAAUCAUCCGACAGCACCCAUACCACCAUAGAGGAUGAAGACACAAAAGCCCCCAGGGUCCCUGACAUCCUGAGCUCCGUGAGGAGGGGCUCGGGGACCCCAGAAGCCGAGGGCUCCCCGCCCUGCCCGUCUCCGGCUCCCAUUAGCCCCCUGCCCGCCCCAUCCCCCAGGAUCUCUGACAUCCUGAACACGGUGAGGAGGGGUUCGGGGACCCCAGAAGCCCAGGGCCCCCCACCCUGCCCGUCUCCGGCUCUCCCAGGCCCCCCACUCACCCCGUCGCGGAAGCAGGAGAUCAUCAAGAUCACGGAGCAGCUCAUCGAGGCCGUCAACAAUGGCGACUUCGAGGCCUACGCGAAAAUCUGCGACCCAGGCCUGACCUCGUUUGAGCCUGAAGCCCUGGGCAACCUGGUUGAAGGGAUGGACUUCCACAGAUUCUACUUCGAGAACUUGCUCGCCAAGAACAGCAAGCCGAUCCACACAACCAUCCUGAACCCGCACGUGCACGUCAUCGGCGAGGACGCAGCCUGCAUCGCCUACAUCCGCCUCACACAGUAUAUCGACGGGCAGGGCCGGCCCCGCACCAGCCAGUCUGAGGAGACCCGCGUGUGGCAUCGCCGAGACGGCAAGUGGCAGAACGUGCACUUCCACUGCUCGGGGGCGCCCGUGGCCCCGCUGCAGUGAAGAGCCGCUGCGGCUGGUUUCACCACGGGACAGACUCGGUGUUUGGAGCCCAGCUGCCCUCGGGCGCACGGCCUGCCUGUCGCAUGUUUGUGUCUGCCUCGUUCCUCCCCUGGUGCCUGUGUCUGCAGAAAACCAAGACCAGAUGUGAUUUCUUUUUAAAAACAAGAUGACAACGACAACCACACACACAAAAUUGACGUCGAUGAAACGGAAAAAAAAAAAAAAACUAAACAAGGGAAAAAGCUGUAAAAAUCACUGGCAUUUGUGGGGCUUCGAACCUUCCGGCCGCACCCCACCCAAGCUCCACGUGUCUGUCCGCUCCUGGCCUCCUCCAGGGACUGGCCGGGGGAAUGAACUUGUCCACCAGGGCCUGCCGCCCGAGGAACAGUUCGCUAGGUGGUGCCCACCCCCCAAGAAGUCUGCAUCCUCCCUGCCGUGCAUGGCUCCUGGUCAGAAGAGUCAGGUGUUGUCAGGGGAGGACUGGGGGGUGGCAAGGGGGCCCGAGCACGGCUGUCUUCCCUCCCACUUCCCUUCCCUCCUCUCUUCCCUGAGAAGGUGUGGAUGUGGGCUCCCAGUGUUCCUGGCAUGGGUGAUCAGUGCAGCGGCUGGGCCAGCCUCUGGGAGGAUGCUGAGCCAUCCAAGGAGGCCCAGGGAUCCAGCUCGGGUCUGGUCGGGGCCAGGGAGGUGCACUGGGGGAGGGGUUGCAGGGAGGCACACCUUAGUUUCAGAUCUCACACCUGGCAGGAGACAUGGGUGAGGACAGUGCUGGCAGCAGCCCGCUGAGGAAGGGACCCCCUGGGCUGGCCUCUCUUCUGCUCGGGUACCUCUCCGUCUUUGCUCACCUUCUCCCCCGUCCCCAUGUGGGUGUGGGGCAGAAAGGAGAGAAGGGUCAGAGGUGGGCGGGUGUUUCUGGCUUCCAGGUAGAGGCAGGGGCCAGGCAAGUGUUUGCUGAAGAGGCUGCACUUUUAAGAGUUUGUGCCAGAGCAGCAGGGAGCAGAGAGCUGCACUGGGCUGCGAGCGACAGGGACCCAGGGGUGGGGAGGCGGGUCCCCCUGUGUGCCGGUGGGCACUAUGGUGAGCCUCUGGGACAGGCUGCGUGGUCAGGUGGUGGCAGAGAGAGCCGAAAGCGUUUGGCCAGGCAUGGGGGUGGGUAUGAUCUGGCCUCCUGGGCUAUACUCGGGGGGUGGUCAGGGGCCGUGAUCCCAGAGGUGCAGGACGCACCCCCCCAACCCCAAUAUCUACCCCUUCAACUCAUGUUGUUUUCAACAAGGAUUUUCUUUAUCUUCUCCCCAUACAAGCCAAGGGAGGGGCCCAGAGUGGGGAACAGGACACAGGAUGCUGGUUUCCAAGGGGGACUGUCCAUGGACAGACACUCAGAGUGGACGCUCACCUGCCUGUCUGCGGCUGUGCUCAGGACAGCCGUCCCCACCCAUGGACACAGGGUAAACAUCUGCAGGGCUCCCUGGGCCUCGGGCAGCGGCAGGGCUCGCCGUGGACAGUGUGCGGCCCAGCCGCCCUCACCUCCUGGGGCCUCCUCCCCUCCUCUCCCCGCUCACCCGUUCUCUCCAGGGAGCUGCCUGUCUGGGAUAAUUUGGGGAUUUUUUUUUUUUUUUCUGGGGGAGAGUUCUUUUGCAUGACCCCUCAUGAGCAAGCCACACCCGCUCUUCUAGCUAGAUGUCCGUGGUGUGGCGGCAUCGGCCGGCCUGCCCUGCAGAGGGUCGGCUGCCCACGGUGCUGGCCGGCCUUUCCUCUUCUCUCUUUUU